AUGGACCAUCAAUAUGAAAUCAUAUAUAAAAAAGGAAAAUGUAAUACUAAUGCCGAUGCAUUGUCACAUAUUCAUGUAAAUGCAGUAGAAUCAGCUAGUGUCAUAAAUAACCCAGGUGACAUUGAUCAGGAUAUUCAAGAUUAUUUAAAUCAGUUAUUUGCCAAUAAACAAUCUCUCCCAGAUUUGGAAGAAAAUACCUUAGCAUUGUUAAAUUCAGAUCUCGGAAAUCCUAUUACGGCUUCACAACCAUUAGAUUCUUCAAGAAAAAUACACAUUUUACAAGAUAUUCAAGUAGCUCCACCGAAUAACAUACAAAAUAGUGUAUCGCAUGAAUCUCCUAAAGACAGCGAAACCGAGACAGCCCACACUUGUAACGCAGAAAAUAAUUUCAAUGAUGGUAUUCCUAUACUAGAUGAAAUAAUCAAUAAUAAGGGACCAGUGUCUGCUAAAUCCGCUCAGCACUGCAUUUCCCCACAGACCAAUGGCUUGAGAAUCCGACACUGUCGAACAUGGGCGACGGUGGACGCUCGGGGGAGUUCGGCGUCGAACACGUGGACCAGGCAAAUCUACUUAUUAUGA